UUUUAAAAAAAAAAAAAAAAAAGAAUAAGAAGAGUUCCUGUUCGUCUCUUUCUUCCCCAAAUUAUUUUGUUCUUUGAUCUUUCUUCUUCUGUAACUUCCUAAUGAGCUCAAAUCUUCUGCUAUAAUCCGUCAUCACUUCAGAUAAUUUGAGCUGAAAAUGGAGUGGUCUACGAUACAACAUCUGGAUCUUCGACAUGUAGGUCGAGAAGCCAAGCCUUUGCAACCUCAUGCCGCUUCAUUUCAUCCCACUCAAGCCCUAAUUGCUGCUGCUGUUGGAAAAUACAUUAUCGAAUAUGACGCUAUUACUGGGAGCAAGAUCUCCACUAUCGACAUUGGUUCCCCGGUUGUUCGGAUGUCGUAUAGUCCUACUAGUGGGCAUGUUGUGAUUGCUAUUCUUGAGGACUGUACCAUUCGCUCCUGUGAUUUUGAUGCGGAGCAGACUUGUGUUCUUCACUCACCGGAGAGGAAAAUGGAACCAAUUUCUUCUGAUGCUGAAGUUCAUAUGGCCUUGACUCCUCUCCAACCUGUUGUCUUUUUUGGUUUUCACAAGAGGAUGAGUGUAACAGUUGUUGGAACUGUGGAGGGAGGUAGGUCACCAACAAAAAUAAAGACAGAUUUGAAGAAACCUAUUGUGAAUCUUGCUUGUCAUCCCCGACUUCCAGUCUUGUAUGUAGCCUACGCAGAAGGGUUGAUUCGAGCUUAUAACAUUCAUACAUAUGCUGUUCUCUACACAUUACAACUUGAUAAUACUAUUAAGCUACUUGGUGCUGGUGCCUUUGCUUUUCAUCCAACACUAGAGUGGAUCUUCGUUGGUGACAGGCGGGGUACGCUUUUGGCAUGGGACGUAUCUACGGAGAGACCUAAUAUGAUUGGAAUAAUACAAGCGGGCUCUCAACCUAUUACCUCAGUUGCUUGGCUCCCAGCAUUGCGAUUGGUUGCAACUUUGUCAAAAGAUGGUGCUCUUCAAGUGUGGAAAACAAGGGUGGUACUAAAUCCUAAUAGAGCGCCUAUGCAAGCAAAUUUUUUCGAGCCUGCUGCAAUUGAAUCACUCGACAUUCCGAAGAUUCUAUCUCAGCAGGGUGGAGAAGUUACUUAUCCAUUGCCACGUGUCAGAUCUCUGGAAGUUCACGCGAAACUGAAUAUGGCCACGUUACUUUUUGCAAAAAUGGCUAGCGUGGACAAUGUUAAAAAUAAUAGGGCAUUCACUAGAGAAGGACGAAAACAACUCUUUGCUGUUCUUCAAAGUGCAAGGGGAUCUUCAGCAUCUGUUUUGAAGGAAAAACUUGCAACUUUGGGUUCGUCUGGAGUACUAGCUGAUCACCAGUUACAAGCACAAUUGCAAGAGCAUCAUUUGAAAGGACAAAAUCAGCUUACGAUUGCUGAUGUCGCGCGGAAGGCUUUUCUAUACAGUCAUUUCUUGGAGGGGCAUGCCAAAAGUGCUCCAAUUGCUCGUUUGCCUCUCAUCACCAUACUUGAUACUAAUAACCAUCUCAGAGACCUUCCUGUUUGUCAGCCAUUUCAUCUGGAGCUUAAUUUCUUCAACAAAUCAAACAGAGUUCUACAUUAUCCUGUCAGGGCAUUCUAUAUGGAUGGCUUAAAUCUUAUGGCACAUAAUCUGUGUUCUGGAGCAGACAGCAUUUACAAGAAGCUGUACACCUCGAUUCCCGGAAAUAUUGAAUACCAUCCAAAGAGCAUUAUAUAUAGUAGGAAGCAGAAUUUAUUUCUUGCUGUUUAUGAGUUGAGUAGUGCAGCAAACGAAGUUGUUCUCUACAGGGAAAAUACUGAUACACAGUUGGCAAAUAGUAAAGACAGCACAGUCAAAGGUGAAGAUGCAGCUUUUAUUGGCCCUGACGAUACCCAGUUUGCAAUUCUUGAGAAUGAUAAGAUUGGACUUGCUUUGUAUAUACUCCCUGGAAUGUCUUCUAAAGACCUUGAUGAAAAGAAUAAAGCAGCGCUUGAAGAAAAUCCAACAGCAGAUCUAGCUGCAGAUGCUGCUCCAAGUUCAGUCAAGGGUCCAGUGCAAUUUAUGUUUGAAUCUGAAGUUGACCGUAUCUUCUCUACUCCUUUAGAAUCAACCUUGAUGUUUGCUUCUCAUGGAAACCAAAUUGCCUUGGCAAAGCUUGUGCAAAGCUAUCGCCAUUCUACCACUGAGGGCCAUGGCCACUAUAUACCAACAACAGCUGAAGGGCGGAAGUCAAUUAAGCUGAAAGUGAAUGAGAUAGUACUGCAGGUUCAAUGGCAAGAAACUCUUAGAGGUCAUGUUGCCGGGGUACUGACGACUCAUAGAGCUAUUAUUGCUUCAGCAGAUUUGGAGAUCUUGGCUAGUAGCUUAACAAAAUUUGAUAGAGGACUCCCUUCAUUUAGAUCCCUUAUGUGGAUUGGUCCUGCUCUACUUUACUCUACUGCUACGGCCAUCAGUGUGCUUGGAUGGGAUGGAAAAGUAAGGAUAAUCCUGUCCAUAAGCAUUCCAAAUGCAGUUCUUGUGGGUGCUUUAAAUGAUCGCUUGUUGCUAGCAAACCCAACAGACGUAAAUCCCAGGCAGAAGAAGAAAAUUGAGAUUAAAAGCUGUCUUGUUGGACUUCUUGAGCCUCUUCUUAUUGGUUUUGGAACAAUGCAGCAAUACUUUGGGCAGAAGCUUGACCUUCCAGAAACAUUAUAUCAGAUAACAUCAAGGUUUGACAGCCUGCGCAUUACUCCUAGAUCUCUUGACAUAUUAGCUAGAGGCACUCCAGUUUGUGGAGAUCUGGCUGUGUCAUUAUCCCAAGCAGGUCCACAGUUCACUCAGGUGUUGCGGGGUAGUUAUGCUAUUAAGGCUCUUCGUUUCUCUACUGCUUUGUCCGUGCUGAAAGAUGAAUUUCUGCGUUCAAGGGAUUAUCCUCGAUGUCCCCCUACAUCUCAUUUGUUUCAUCGAUUCCGCGAAUUGGGAUAUGCCUGUAUCAAAUAUGGACAGUUUGACAGUGCCAAGGAAACAUUUGAAGUAAUUUCGGACAAUGAAAGUAUGCUUGAUCUGUUUAUAUGCCACCUUAAUCCUAGUGCAAUGCGGCGUCUUGCACAGAAAUUGGAAGAAGACGGUGGUGAUCCAGAAUUGAGGAGAUGCUGCGAAAGAAUUUUACGAAUUCGAUCCACUGGAUGGACACAAGGUAUUUUUGCGAACUUUGCUGCUGAAAGUGUGGUUCCUAAAGGACCUGAAUGGGGAGGUGGAAAUUGGGACAUCAAAACACCUACAAAUAUGAAGGAUAUACCUCAAUGGGAACUAGCUGCUGAGGUAAUGCCAUACAUGAAAACUGAUGAUGGGCCUAUUCCGGCAAUAGUAACGGAUCAUGUUGGUGUUUAUCUUGGUUGUAUAAAAGGAAGAGGCAAUAUUGUUGAAGUGAGAGAAGAUAGCUUAGUGAAAGCUAUUACAUCUGCUGGUGGGGACGAUAAGCCAAUGGGGAUCCCAACAUCCUUCGCUGAUUCCAUAUCAAGCAAGGGAGCUACUGCAGCUGAUACAAAGGGUGCUUCUUUGAUGGGUCUAGAGACUCUCAUCAAGCAGCCUUCAGGAGCGGCUGCUGCAGACGCGCAGGCAAAGGCUGAGGAAGAAUUUAAGAGUUCACUGUAUGGUCCUUCUGGUGGUGAUAGUAGUGAUGAUGAAGAAGGGGAGUCAAAAACUAAAAAAUUUCAAAUUAGAAUAAAACCACCUUCAUCUGCUACUGUGGAUGUUAAUAAAAUUAAGGAAGCAACACGGCAGUUCAGUUUGGCCCCACCAAUGGGUAGGACCAAGUCAUUAGCUGGUGGAUCUCAGGACCUUGGCCUUACCUUCCCACCUGCUGUUACAGCGACCACCACCGGCUCAACUACUGUUACUGCUGCACCUGGGGACAUGUUUGGUACUGAUACACUAGCUCAGCCACCUGCUUUUGCACAGCCAUCUCCAGUGGUUAAGGGAGGUGGGUUAAGUGCUAGGCCUAUUCCUGAGGACUUCUUCCAAAACACUAUCUCAUCUCUUCAAGUUGCUGCUUCACUCGCUCCCACGGGGACUGUAAUUUCCAAACUGGAUCAGAACUUUCAAGGGGCUGGAAGCCACCAGGUGGCAACUAGUCAGUCCACUUCGUCUGCAAACAAUGUUAAUUUUGCACAUGGUGGCAUGUCCCCUCAAGUGGCUCAACAACCUGUACUUCCAGUUGAUUCAUUUGGGCUUCCAGAUGGAGGAAUCCCACCACAGUCAGCGGGACAGACUGUGAUCCAACCACAUCCUCAGGUUCAGGUCACUCAACUACCUAAUUCCUCUCAGCCUUUGGAUUUCAGUGUAUUAGGAGUUCCUCCUGGCGCGGCAGACUCUGCAAUGCCACCGGUGCAACCUGCUCCUCCAGCUUCUGUACGUCCUGGACAGGUUCCUCGUGGAGCAGCUGCUCCAGUAUGCUUUAAGACGGGACUGGCACACCUCGAGCAGAAUCAGCUACCAGAUGCUUUAUCCUGCUUUGAUGAAGCUUUCCUUGCUUUAGCCAAAGAUCAUUCACGUGGCUCUGAUAUUAAGGCUCAAGCCACUAUCUGUGCUCAGUAUAAGAUCGCUGUUACUCUUCUUCAGGAAAUUGGACGGCUACAGAGAGUUCAAGGCCCUCGUGCUAUUAGUGCAAAAGAUGAGAUGGCUAGAUUGUCACGGCAUCUUGGUUCGUUGCCCCUUCUAGCAAAGCAUCGUAUAAGCUGCAUAAGAACUGCCAUAAAAAGGAACAUGGAAGUCCAAAAUUAUGCUUAUUCGAAGCAGAUGCUUGAUCUCCUAUUCUCUAAGGCACCUCCUGGCAAACAAGAGGAGUUGAGGAGCCUGAUUGACUUAUGUGUCCAGAGGGGCUUAACGAACAAAUCAAUUGACCCCAUUGAGGAUCCUUCCCAAUUUUGUGCUGCCACCCUAAGCCGAUUAUCAACAAUUGGUUAUGAUGCUUGUGAUCUCUGUGGUGCUAAAUUUGCUGCUCUAUCAGCACCUGGAUGCAUUAUAUGUGGUAUGGGAAGCAUUAAAAGGUCAGAUUCUCUGGCAGGUCCUGUUCCUUCACCAUUUGGCUGAGGUUGACGAGUUAAUAGAUUUUUUUCCCCAAAUUGAGAUCAAAUGGUCAAUACUUGCAAUUUCGUACGGGCUAUGGAGCAUGGUUGCAAAUUCAAUUUCUGACCCCUAUGCGAGACUUGAGGCCAGCCGAUGGUUGGUAUCUUCAUAUUUUCAGUGUGCCCUCCGAGUUUAUUUUCGUUUUUUUUUUUCCUUUUCAUUCUCUGUACUGUGCUGGGUUUAGAGCUUGGAAAAGAAAGAAGUGGUUGUCUCACUCGGUUUUUGUGCUUAUUUGUAUGUAUUAUAAGUUUUUCCCCUUUUGGAAGGGUUCUGUCACAUUGUAUCUAGCCAUUGUUGCCUGUAUAAUAUAGUUCAGACUGUAGAGUUAUUAUAUUGAGUAGGUUUGUAAGUUGUAACCAUUGAAUUAACAGUCCUAUCAGGAUAUUAAGCAUGUUUAAUGAUGAGGAAAUUCUUUUGCGA